GUGCCCAUUCCCAGCUCCAUCCCUGCCCCGUGCCCGCUCUCGGCUGUGACCGGCUGCCACCCAGCCCGGGCAGUGUCCCCUCGCGGUGUCCCCACGCUGUCCCCGAGCCCCGGGCAGGGCGUGUCCCCGCCGCCCUUAUCUGCCGGCCGCAGCCGCUCCGUGUUUUCGGUGCUUUCUCCCCAAUCUGUACCGGGGCCGCCGGCGCUGACGCCGCGUGUCCCCGGUGGGUGUCCCCGGUGGGUGUCCCCGCGUCGCCAGGAUGAGCACGGCCGCCAGCCCCGAGCCCCUGCCCGAGCCCCCCGGGCCGCGCUGCGCCCCCCGGGAGGACCCCGAGUUCCUGCGGGCGCGGAGCGGGGCCGGGGACCUGCGCCAGGACUUCAACCUCAUGGAGCAGAAGAAGCGGGUGACAAUGAUCCUGCAGAGCCCGUCCUUCCGGGAGGAGCUGGAGAGCCUCAUCCAGGAGCAGAUGAAGAAGGGGAACAACUCGUCGCACGUGUGGGCGCUGCGGCAGAUCGCCGACUUCAUGGCCACCACGUCCCCCGCCGCCCUGCCCACCUCCCCCAUGGGGCUGGCGUCAGUCACCCCCAUCAAUGACCUGCACGGGACCGAGGGGCCAGCGCUGGCCAAGGGCGAGCGGCUGAUGCGCUGCAAGGUGGGCAGCAUCCACCGGCUGCUGGACCUGUACGGCUGGGCACAGCUGGGACACGCCGCCGUGACUCUGCGGGUCAGCAAGGAGCAGGAGCACUUCUUGGUGGCCCCGCAGGGGCUGGCGUGCAGCGAGGUGACAGCGGCCAGCCUGGUGAAGGUGAACGUGCUGGGGGCCGUGGUGGAGCAGGGCAGCACCGGCUUCGCCCCCGACGCGCGCAGCUUCAGCCUGCACGCCGCCAUCUACGCCGCGCGGCCCGACAUCCGCUGCAUCGUGCGGCUGCACACCCCGGCUGCAGCUGCCGUGUCGGCCAUGCGCUGCGGGCUCCUGCCCAUCUCCCGCGCCGCUCUCCUCCUGGGGGACGUCGCCUACUUCGACUUCCGCGGGGAGGUGGAGGACGAGGCCGACCGCGUGGAGCUGCAGAAGUGCCUCGGGCCCACCUGCAAGGUGCUGGUGCUGCGGAACCACGGCGUGCUGGCGCUGGGGGACACGGCCGAGGAGGCGUUUUACAGCAUCUUCCACCUGCAGGCGGCCUGCGAGGUGCAGGUGUCGGCGCUGGCGAGCGCGGGCGGUGCGGAGAACCUGAUCGUGCUGGAGCGGGCGCAGCAGCGUGUGCCCCACGGGCUGGGCGCCCUGCGCCGCGCCGGCACCACCUUCGGGCCCCUGCACAAGAGCCGCCUGGGCGAGCACGAGUUCGAGGCCCUCAUGAGGAUGCUGGACAACCUGGGCUACCGCACGGGCUACACGUACCGCUACCCGCUGGUGCAGGAGAAGAGCAAGCCCAAGAGCGACGUGCUGAUCCCCGCCACCGUGACGGCCUUCGUGUUCCAGGAGGAGCCCGCCGGGCCCCCCGCCCUGCGCCAGCACGCCCAGAAGCAGCAGAAGGAGAAGACGAGGUGGCUCAACACCCCCAACACCUACACCAGGGUCAGCCUGGCUGAGGAGGCGCAGGGCAGCGCCGGUGCCCAGAGGACAAAGACCACGUGGCUGCGGGCAGACGAGGUGGAGAAGGGCAGCAGCGGGACCCCCAUCCGCAUCGAGAACCCCAACCAGUUCGUGCCGCUCUACACGGACCCGCAGGAGGUGCUGGAGAUGCGCAACAAGAUCCGCGAGCAAAACCGCCAGGACGUGAAGUCAGCCGGGCCCCAGUCGCAGCUGCUGGCCAGCGUCAUCGGCGAGAGCAGCCGCAGCCCCUCCACCGAGAGCCACCUGGGGGAUGCCGAGGCCAAGGAGGGUGGGGAAGAGGCUCCCCCCGAGCCGGAGCCCCCCAACCCCUUCAGCCAGCUCACGGACCAGGAGCUGGAGGAGUACAAGCAGGAGGUGGAGAGGAAGAAGCGCCUGCAGGGCGAGAAGGACGCGGCAGCAGAGGACAGCGGGGCUCCCCCCCCAGAGCCGGAGCCCGCGGAGCCCACGGAGCCCACGGAGGGUGACAAGAAGGGCGAUGGUGGCCAAGCCCCCCCUGACUCCACUGCCAAGAAGGAGCCGCCAGCGGUGGUGAACGGGAAGGAGGAGGAGCAAAGCACCGAGGAAAACCUUGGGAAAGGGGGCACAGAGCGGACAACCACCAACGCUGAGCAGGAUGCCCCCAAGGAGAAGGAGACGGUGACCAGCAACCCCGUGUCCCCCGACGGUUCACCCUCCAAAUCACCCUCCAAGAAGAAGAAGAAAUUCCGGACCCCGUCUUUCCUGAAAAAAGGCAAAAAGAAGGAGAAGAUCGAAUCCUGAGUGUCCCGAGGCCUGGCGCGUGGGAUCCCCGGAUCUCCGAGAGCCCGAGGCGGCCCAAACCCCGGCACCCGGCUGUGCUCCUGGCACCGGGCACCUCGUCCCCUUGUCACCCGUCUCUGGGGGCGGCCACCCCGCUCAGUGCUCCCCGUUUGGGGAACUCCCGCUGCUUCUCCCUCCCCUCUCCCUCCUGGGCUCCAGCCCCUUCCCACCGCGGGCCCAGGGUUGAAUUUUCUCCACCAGAGCCCAGAUCUGCUUGAUUUGAGGAAGAAAAGGGUGUUUUGUGGUUGUUUUCUUCACCUCCUGUUUCAAGCUCUGCUGGAAUGGCGCUGGCUUCAUCCCCAGGGAAAGCUGUCCAUGGCUUCACCAGGAGAACGGGACCGAGCUGAAGGGGGGGAUCACUGUUCCUGAGGUUUUUCCUCCCUGGAUUGCAAUCUUCCUCUCCUCGGGCUCAAGAACCGCUUCAUCCCCUUCUCCUGCUACCCCCAGCCCGUGUUUUCCCCACCCAAGGAAGAGCAGCAGGAUUUCCCACCGCUGGAAAAGCCCCACCUCACUGCACGACCCACACCUGGGAAAACGGAAAAACAAACCUCCGGGAAUUGUCUGUGUUAUUUAAAACUGAGCAAAACUCACUCACUAAGUGCUACUUCGGGAUGAACACGCGCUGCCAGUUCCCGCCGGCCACGCCGGGCCCUGCUUUUCCCAGCUCUGGAUUCCCAGCACAGCUUCCAUCCCUCCGGCGUUCCCUUCCCUCCUGGCCACCCCUUCCCGGGAGCAGCCCCAGCCAUGCCCAGGCUCCCCACAGCCCUUCCAGCGCCGGCAUUUGGGGACAAAUCACCGGCAUUUGGGGACAAAUCCCCGGCAUCAGCCCCACAUCCUCCCCCAUUUCCUGGGCUGCUCGCCCUGAGCCUUCCUGCCCCAUGGUGCCCUGCCCAGGAGGGGUCUGGAAUGCCCCAGAACACUUUUUUUGGGGUGCCCCCGCCCCAGCAGGGUUUCCCCACGUGCCAUCGCUGUGGUUUCGAACCUUCUCACAGCUCCUGGGGGUUGGAACCCCUCUGGAAGAGCAGGAAGCCCGUGGGGGGUGCAGAAAACAGCAGAGAGCCCAGGCAGGGAUCUUGCCAGAGCCUGGAUUUUGGGAAGAGCCUUUGCCCUCCCUGCCCGGUGUCCCCCAGAGGUCCCCACCCCACUCCUGCAGGAUGGGGGGCACCGAGGGGACUCUGAGCCCCUAAACCCUGUCCCGGGGGGGCUGUUCCUCACUGCCACUGACUUUAAGGCUCUUUGAGGCCAUUUUUGUCCCUGGGCCUGUUCCCCCUGGGUGAACAGAGACAGCCCUGUCACCUCCCUGGGGCAGCACUGUCACACCUGGGGGAAUUCCUGAAUGACAGCACUGCCACCCCCAGCCCCACCCAGGGGCUCCCCCAGGGCUUUUGUCCCUAAAGGUCUGUCCCAGGGCCUUUGUCACCCCUUUUGUCCCCAAGGGUCUGUCCCAGGGCCUUUGUCACCCCUCUUCUCCCCAAGGGUAUGUCUGUGGGGCUUUUGUCACCCCUUUUCUCCCCAAAGGUCUGUCCCUGGGGCUUUUGUCACCUCUUUUGUCCCCAGGGGUCUGUCUCUUUGUCACCCCUUUUCCCAAGGGCCACUGGCUUUGCAGGGGACCCCAGGAUUGAGCUUCCCCUCUCUGAAAGGGAUGAAGGCUCCAGUGCCACCAUCAUCGCCACGCUGAAGGGCAGCAGAGCCCAGAUCCCAUCCCUGGGCUGAUUCCCCCAGCCCACCUCCCCCUGUCCUCGCUCCAGCGAGGCUCAGGGUGGGGGCAAACCCCUGAUCUGAUUUUCCUCCUCCAUGGAAAACAGGCUGAGCCCCCCUUGGCAGCGGGGAAAGGUGAGUCCAGCUGGGCUCGGACCUCUCCUCCGGCCCCGGUGGCACCGGGAGGAGGCCGGGCUCUGGCACGGGCCCCGCGUGUGACAAUCGCGGCCGGGAGCGCGUGGAACGCCGGUGUAAAUAACAAUAAACCCCGUGUUUGGCA